AUGGCGGUUUUGCCUAAGUUUGAUAUUACUAUAUCAAAACCAAAGACAGUGAGUGUGGAUGAUGAGGAAAUGAGAAUUGAAGUUUGUGGAAAAUACACAUACGGUCAGCCUGUACCUGGUAAAUCAUGGAUGAAAGUAUGUCGCAAUCCUUUAUCUUACCAUUCUGGCCAUCACAUCAUUCCACUGUGUUUCAGUGAAACCUUUGAGAUGAAAGAGACAGGCUGUGCGUCUCACACCUUCAAUGUGUCUGCCUUUUUGAACUCUACAUUAAAGGAUCAACUGCAAAAUUCUCUUCAUAUAGAAGUGAAAGUUACAGAAGAAGGAACAGUGACUAUUAAGUAUUAUUUUGUUGGAGAGACAGUUGAUGACUUCAACACUGACAUUGUCUACAUGGUCUUGUCCAGAGGCAUGAUAGUUCAUCAUGGAAAUGAGAAGGUUGAAGUUAAGGCUUCAAAUGAAGUAUCACAUGGCUCGGUGACAUUCAGACUGUCUGUUGAUGGUGAUCUGGCUCCAGUAGUGCAGAUUCUGGCAUACUGUGUUCUACCCAGUGAGAGUGUUGUUGCUGAGAGUGUGUCCCUGCAGUUUUCUCCAGCUAAAGCAGUUCCAGGUGAAGAAAAUACUCUGCAGCUCUCAGCUGAACCUGGGUCACUGUGUGGCCUCAGUGCUAUAGAUCAGAGUGUACUGAUCCUGGAGUCAGGAAAACGGCUGAACACAGAAAAGGUGGAGAUAUGUUCAAGUUCCAAAAGUGGGAUUGAAGAUGGCAACAAAUUUGGCUGUACGAGAACCUCAGUGUCUGACAUACAGGGACUUGACUUAUCACAGUUACGAUUAUAUAGGGACUCUGGAUCGACACAGGUUCCUGUCAAGGUUCCUGACACCAUCACCACUUGGGAGACGGAGGCCUUUUGUCUGUCCUCCAAAGGUCUGGGUCUGGCUCCUCCUGCUCAGCUAACAGUUUUCCAGCCCUUCUUCCUGGAGCUCUCUCUGCCUUACUCCAUCAUCCGUGGGGAGAUCUUUGAGCUGAAGGCCACUGUCUUCAACUAUCUGUCCAAUUGUAUCAUGGUUAAAGUAACUCCAACUCCUUCAGACUACACUCUUAAAGCCUCCUCUGAUGAUCAGUAUUCAUCCUGUUUAUGUGCUAAUGAAAGAAAAACCUUUAAAUGGAUUCUCACUCCUUCUUCUCUAGGAGUCUUGAAUAUUACGGUCAGUGCAGAGGCAGAGCAGUCCCAGACUGUGUGUGACAAUGAGAUUGUGAGCGUUCCGGAGAGAGGACGCAUUGACAUAGUUACACGAAGUCUGCUUGUACAGGCUGAAGGAACUGAAAAGACAGAGACGCACAGCUGGUUACUUUGUCCAAAGGACAACAGUCUCUCAGAGGAGGUGAGUCUAACUCUUCCCAAAUAUGUAACAGAGGGAUCAGCCAGAUCAUCUGUUUCUGUUCUUGGAGACAUAUUGGGCCGUGCACUGCAGAACCUUCACGGAUUAUUACGGAUGCCAAAUGGCUGUGGAGAGCAGAACAUUGCUGUUCUUUCUCCCAAUAUUUACAUUCUACAGUACCUGGAGAAUACUGAGCAGCUGACCUCAGCCAUCCGAGAGAGAGCCACCGGCUUCCUUAAGAGUGGAUACCAGCGACAACUGAACUACAAACAUAACAAUGGUGCAUACAGCACAUUCGGCCGUGGUGAGGGGAAUACAUGGUUGACUGCCUUUGUCCUGAGGUCAUUUGGCAAAGCACAGAAAUACAUAUUUAUUGAUCCACGUAAUAUUCAGAGUGCAAAGGAUUGGUUAAUAAGCAGGCAGAGUCAAGAUGGCUGUUUUAUGCAACAAGGAAGACUGUUCAACAAUAGAAUGAAGGGUGGAGUAAAUGAUAAUGUGACCAUGACCGCCUACAUUACUGCAUCAUUGCUUGAACUGGAAACUCCAGUAACAGAUACUGUAGUCUCCAAAGGUUUAUCAUGCUUGAGGUCUGUCAUUGGGAAUCUCAAAAACACUUACACCAGUGCUCUGCUUGCCUACACUUUUAGUCUGGCUGGAGAGACGGACACUCGACAAACACUUUUAAAAGAGCUGGAUAAUACUUCAAUUUCAGAUGGAGGUCAUCUUCACUGGUCUCAGGUUGCAUCUGAUGAUGCGUCUGAUUCUCUGGCUGUGGAAAUCAGCUCAUAUGUGCUGCUAGCUGUUCUCACUGCAGAUUUGGUCACUACAGCUGAUCUAGGUUAUGCAAACAGGAUUGUCAGCUGGCUUGUGAAGCAGCAGAAUGCCUAUGGAGGAUUCUCCUCCACCCAGGACACAGUUGUGGCUCUUCAGGCUCUGUCUUUGUAUGCCACUAAAGUGUUCAGCUCAGAUGGCUCCAGCACAGUUACUGUACAGUCAGCAGGAGACAAUCACCACUUUGAUGUGAAUCAGGACAACAAGUUACUGUACCAGGAGAGGUCACUGCAGAACGUUCCAGGCAAAUACAAUAUUGAAGUGAAGGGCUCCACCUGUGUGUCUGUGCAGGUGGCUCUGUUCUACAACAUUCCCACUCCUGGCGAGGAUAAAACAUUGAGCAUUGAAGCUACGACUGAGGGAGUUUGUGAACAAUCAUCUAGCCAAAAUUUCAUGUUGAAAUUCACUGUCAAAUAUGAUGGUUCACAGGAAAAAACUAACAUGAUCAUUGUGGACAUUAAACUGUUAUCAGGAUUCACAGCAGAUACAUCUUUGCUUGGAGGUCCUGCCACACGUAUAUUUGUACCACUUGUGGAGCGAGUUGAUACUAAAGAUGAUCAUGUCAUUGUGUAUUUGAAAGAGCUCGAAAAAAAUAUUCCGAUGAACUACCAGAUACAAUUGAAACAGGUUGUUCCAGUGCAGAAUCUCAAGCCAGCUGUAAUCAAAGUCUAUGAUUACUACCAAACAAGUGAUCAGUCUGAGAUCGAGUACUCCAUCCACUGUAAAUGAUAUGCUGUGCUUCAGUUCUGCAGCUCCAUAGUACACCUUGAAUAAAGAUGUUUGAACACUCAAAUGUUUCAUUUUAUAUUGUUUGUUCUUUAUCCUGGGCAAAACACA